GUCAUUAUUACUUAUUUUAUCUUUUCUAUAUAUUAUAUUUUAUUUUAUUCCUAGAGACAUCUUUGGUCAUCUCAUUCUCAUCUACCUCUCCAUCUCCAAUUCCAAAAUACAGCGCCUAAUUUCUGCAAUAAUAAUCACCUAAAAUCCUCGCACCGACAAUCCACACACGCACGAAAGAGGGAAAACUUUUGUCCGAUUCACAAUAUAUUUUCUGUGAUGUUUGGCAUAUAAUAAGAAAUGGGUCACCACCAUAAUAGCCACCUCCACCACCACAACCACCCCACGGCCACUGAUGGAGGCGGCGGCCUGUCUCAGCGCGUCAGCAGCCCGAGAUUCUCUGGCUCGAUGACCCGCCGGGCACAAUCCUUCAAGCGGAACAACAACGGAAAUAGCAACCACAACAGCAGCGCCUCACAGAACGCUGCGCACAAUAGCAGCAGCAACAUCGGCGGCCAUAACCACGAGGUCAUUGACCUUCAUAUCACGUCGCCCAGAUCUGAAACCCCGGUUUCCGGGGAUGUGUCGGAGUCUUUGAGGCCGGCCCACGUCAGCAGCGUGGCCCAGAGGGUGCACUUGAGGAAAAAGAUCGCAUCGCUGAGUGUGGAGUUGGGAGACUUUGGGUUGGAGUUGAAAGGGAAAAAGAAACUGGGACAGUGGAUGUUUUUCAUGUUCUGUGGUGUGUGUUUGUUUAUGGGUGUUUUCAAGAUUUGCGCGACUGGUUGGUUCGGAUCUGCCAUUGAUAGACUUGGAAGCAAACAGGACAUGUAUGACUCCACUGCAAGUCAUCUCCAUGAGCAGGAUGAAAGCUCUCAUCACGUCACGUACAUGGAAACUGGAAAUAGUGAUGGCAGGAGAGAAAUUGAGGUGGAACAAACAUUAACACUGGUGGCCUCGGAUGUAGUUGAUGCUCAUGCCAGGGUGGCUCAUCAUCCAGAGAUAUGGUCCAAUCCAAACACUGAGAAUUUCACUCAGUGCCUUGAUCGACCAAAAAGUCACAAAAAGCUGGACUUGAAAACGAAUGGUUACCUUCUGACAAAUGCAAAUGGUGGCUUAAACCAAAUGAGAUUUGGGAUCUGUGAUAUGGUCGCUGUUGCUAAAAUUAUGAAGGCCACACUUGUCCUUCCCUCGCUUGAUCACACUUCUUACUGGGCUGAUGAGAGUGGUUUCAAGGAUCUGUUUGAUUGGCGAUACUUCAUUGAGUCACUACAAGGUGAUGUUAAUGUAAUUGACGAAUUACCACCUGAAUAUGCUGGAAUUGAACCUUUCCCGAAAACACCAAUAUCUUGGUCCAAGGUUGGUUACUAUAAAGCAGAGGUGCUUCCACUUUUGAAGCAGCAUAAAGUGAUGUAUUUCACUCAUACCGAUUCCCGGCUCGCCAACAAUGGACUUCCUGAGUCUAUCCAGAAGUUAAGAUGCUAUGUAAACUACAGAGCAUUGAAAUAUUCUGCCUCAAUUGAAAACCUCGGAAAAACUUUGGUAUCAAGAAUGAGAGUUGAUGGUGGUCCUUAUCUUGCACUACAUUUGAGGUAUGAGAAGGACAUGCUUGCCUUCACAGGCUGCAGCCACAAUUUAACUGCCGAAGAAGAUGACGAGCUCCGCCGAAUGCGUUUAGAAGUCAGCCACUGGAAAGAAAAAGAAAUCGAUGGCACCGAAAAACGGAAGCUUGGGGGCUGCCCUUUGACCCCUCGUGAGACGGCCCUUUUGCUAAGAGGGCUCGGUUUUCCAUCCGACACCAGGAUUUAUUUGGUUGCUGGAGAGGCAUAUGGUAAUGGGAGUAUGAGUUAUCUUACUGAGAGUUAUCCAAAUAUAUUCACGCACUCGUCUCUGUCAUCGGAGGAGGAGCUCAGCCCUUUCAAGAACCAUCAGAACAUGCUGGCGGGGCUCGAUUACGCUAUUGCCCUUGAGAGUGAUGUUUUUGUGUACACGUAUGAUGGGAAUAUGGCCAAGGCAGUGCAGGGCCACAGGCGUUUUGAGGGUUUCAAGAAAACUAUUAAUCCCGACAGNNNNAAUUUUGUAAAACUGGUGGACGAUUAUGAUGAGGAAAAGAUUACUUGGAAGAAAUUCAGCUCGAAAGUCAAAAAGCUCCACAGGGAUCGAAUUGGAGGUCCGUACAAUAGAGAGCCAGGCGAGUUUCCAAAGCUGGAAGAGAGUUUCUACGCGAAUCCUCUCCCAGGCUGUAUUUGUGAAAACAGAAACUCAAACUAACCGAUGUCUUUUCCUGAUUUACUUCGCUGUCAAAAAAUUGUGCAACUGCUGAGACAAAUUCAAGGAUCUGUUGUGAAAGUUCAUUUACCGGUGGAGAGUUACUGGACUGGAUAUUGCCACACGUUCAUGGGGUUUUUCGAAGUCGAAUGCAUUUAUGGAGGAAUUCUUUUGCCGAACCCAGCAAGUAUAGGGCUGGGUUCUGCUGCAGAUUGGUUAAACGCUACUCGUUAAGUGAUGGGCCCACACGAACUGUAUUUUUAGCGAUUUGGAAUUGGUCUCCACAAUUUAGCUUAGCUUUUACAAGUGGUUUGACAGCCUUUAUACCCUGCGUAUGCUGUAUUACCAUUAUAUAUAUACAGUGAUGAAGAUUCUUGAAAACGUAGCGAUA